UCGAUUUAAAUGGAGACGUGGUUCAACAUUCUUGGAUGGGUUCUUUCUAUCGCUACAGUGGCAGGAAAUGGCUUUGUGGUUGGUAUUGUGGCCCAAACUCGUCGACUUCAUUCCACUGCAAACUGGUUUGUUCUGUCUUUGGCAGUGGCCGACUUUGGUGUUGGAAUCAUCGUUUAUCCUUUGUCAUAUUUUUGUUUAAGCUCAAUAGAGUGUAACCUUAAAGUAUACGUGGCGCUUUUCUGGUUUUUCCUACAUUCGUCGGCCACAAAUCUUUGCGCAUUGACUUGGAAUCGUUACGUCGCAAUCGUUCAUCCAUUCAAGUACCACACGUCCAUGACCGAGAGACGUCCAGGGAUGGUCAUCAUGACCGCAUGGCUGAUUUCCUUUGCGAGUGCCUUGUCUCUUUUGGUGGGAUUAUACGCAACGCAGUCCCCCACUGCCCUGAAGAUCUUGCGAAUACUAAACAUCUCCAUCUUUGACAUAGUUUCCUGCGCGCUGCUUUUGUAUGCCGUUGUUCGUAUUCUCAUUGUGGCUCGGACACAGGCAAGCCAGAUGUCUGAAUUGGAGCUAAACGGAAGGCCCACCACGGAAGCAGAAGCCUUACGAAGAGGAAGACUGCGCAACACAGCUCUCUUCAUCAUCGCUAUAGUUGUGUUUUUCUUGGGAUGCUACGUAGUUGUAAGCGCCGUUACUCUUUGUGUGACUUUUUCCUCGUGUCAAUCUUCCGUUGCAGUUGGCCAGACCAUCGUUUGCCUACUCACUCUGAACUCCGCAGGUAAUCCUUUGGUAUAUGCGCUUUUAAAGAGGGAUAUGAAGAGAGAAGUACAGAGGCUUUUCUGCAGAGAACGCUCUAAUGAAGGAUUUGACACGUUAAAUCCAUCAAGUAGAAUGAGAAUGUCAACGGCAUUAUAGAAAUGUGAAACAAGUGUCAUUCCAU